AUGAAUAGCGACGUGAGCAGUGACUUGGAAAUAAGCAACUUGACGGCAGUGACCAGUGACACUGGGAGUGACCAGGACAACAACUUUAAUGACGACUUGAAUAGCGACUUGAGCCGGAGCUCCGCUGACUGGAGUCAAGUUGGCAUUUCUUCGGAGGAGGAUGAAGAUAGCGGCAGUGAUUUCAAUGACGACAGUGACGUGAGUGGAUGUCCGUCGUGUGGUAAUGACGGAGAGAUGUCUUCGGACGAAAGUGACGACGAGGACUUUGAGCUGAUUAUAGAUCAUCGCGACGAAAUGGAAAAUGACGACAUGGCCGACGAUCCAGCCGAGGAUUUGCAGCUGUUCGUGAUCUAG